UGCCAGGACAUUGCAACAGAAAACUGCUAAACGCGAAACAAGUUGCGGCGCUUUUUUCUGCUCCUCGGGUUCUCGUCUCCCUGUCCUGGCCUGUCCUGAAUCGAACUAAAUAGGACUCAACCGAGCUGAACUGAACUGAGCCGUGCUGCCAGGAUCAGGCAGCUGGCGGCAGGCAAGGCACAUCAGUAGGCAGUGCAAGGCAGGCAGGCAGGCAGUCGGCAGGCAGGUCGCCACUUCUCGCAGACUUCUUCGCAUCUGCAUAAAUCAAAAAACCCCGGAGCAGUAGCAGUAGCAGUAGCAAAGGCAGUCUGCAGUUUUCCACCCCAAGAAAAAACGAACUCCAAGCGAAAAGAAAGAAAUCGAAAAGACAGACAUAGCAGACAGAGAGAAAGGACGUGGAAAUAAAAAAGUGCCAAGUGCCAAGUGAAUGUGAAAGUGAAAGUGUGUGCAAAAUGACUUGAAGUGCAAGACCAGACACCUACACCUAGCCACCUACCACCACCCAUCCAGCUAUCCACCCAGCCCGGUCCCCACUACGUAUACGCAAUGCUGCGGCCCAGGCACUCAUACGCCCCGUUGGCCCGCCAGCCAUUCGAACUAAGACUCGGGCUGGGGCUCGAGCACACCCACUCGCUGGCCAACAUGCCGUCUUGAGUGCUUUGCAAACCGCCCAACAAACCUAAAAAACAAUCGCAACCGGCUUGCGCCGAAAGACAAUGUAAACGCCGGCACUAGAAUGUAGCGCAGUUUUUUCCUCAUUUCCCAAAACUAAACUAACAAAACCAGCCAGCCAACAACAAAUAACAAAAUAGACAAAGUUACAUUUUUACCAAUAUCGAUAAUAUUAAUCACUUGAUAAUCAGCGCCAGUCAAACGCAGCAUUUCGUUCGUAAACAACAGCAACAAGCAAGCAACUAACAACAACAACUAGCCAAGAAGCAACCAAAAUAAGCAGGCAACACCAGUCAGUCCGUAAAAAGUCAGCAGAAAAGCAGAAAUCAGAAAAACCAAGCGAAGAAAGUAACAAGAUUGAGUAACUCCAGUUUCAGUUCCGCACCGAUUCCGAUUUGAGCCAAAAUUCAAGCGUCUGAAUUUGAUUUCGAUAUCGUCUGGCCCGUUCCGUCUUCAAGUCUCGGCCACAGGUUCGUCAUCGUCCCGACACACUCUCAGUUUCUACAAAUUCAGACGUAGAUCCUUAGUUAGUUCACCUUUUGUAUUGUGCAUUUCGGCCACAACAACCGUUUUGGAAAAGAUCCAAGGGAAGUCAAAAAAGAGCAGCAGAAGAGGCUGCUGAAGCGCAGAAGUCAACACUCGAAAUCGAAAACUACGAAAUUACCUGAAAAAUUUUUACAACAACCAAAAAGUCUAUGAAUGCAACAAAAAUUACACGCUAAAUUUUACAUGUGCAAAAUUUUCUUAUAAUAAUUUAUCAAAAAAAGAAUAAAUAAAUUACAAAAAAAUUAUAUAAAAGAAGAUACAAAAAAAACGGAACUAUAGUGAGAAAAUUAAUCAAAGUUUAGAGAGAACAUUGAACGCAAACGGAUAUCAAAAAUUGUUGUGAUGUGAUAUUUUUUCGAUGUACUUUUAUUUGAGGGUUACACCAUAUCGAGAAGUUAUCCAAUGAGAAAGCCGCUUAAAUUUUGGAGGAUCUAUGAUGGACGACAGAGAAAAAUAAUGCUUUGUUUGUGAAAGAUUUUUUGAGCGCAAGCAAGGAUUAUUAAGAAAACGAAAACCAAGCCAAACCAAACUAAAAACCCAAAAACGACAAAAAAUUGACACGAAAAAAACGAACUAAAAUCUCAAAAAUCGGGCUAAGCAUCGAAAAACAUCACUUUUGAGUAUCGAAAAUCAAAGCGAAAAUAUAAACAACAAACUGGAAAGGAGCAGAAAAGAACUAGACGACGAGUACGAGCAGGGGAGUCAAACGAAGGGAAAUACAAAUCAAACCUAAAUAAAAUUAAAUGCAAAGGACAUUCGCAUGUGUGUGGUGGUGGAAAGAAAAUUCAAAACAAAAUUCACAAUUAGAAAACGCAGGAAAAAACGUAGAAAACGCAGACACAAAUCGAGCAGCAACCAACUGUCAACAGCGGCAAGAAUUUUGAACUGGAACAUUUCGACCAAAAAGUUGGGCGACAGCAAAAUUUCAACGUUUGGCGCACUACAACAGCAGCAACACAGCGGCAACAGCAGCAGCAAGGACAUCGCGGCCAGGCAGCCAGGAUUGCAGGAUUGCAGGAGCGAGCGGUUUUGAAAGCGCAGCACACAUCGAUAGGACCUUCUUCAACCAUCUCUUCGUCUCCCUUUACACGGACUUGGUCUACGACUCGAACAAGGAUACGCUUAGAAAGCUAGAAAGCCUUAGCCAGGACUUAAACUUGAAAUCACGCAUACGCCGCGGCGAAUUCUUUCGCCCGCUCUCACUCUCUCUCUCGUUGCCCGAAAACGGAGGGGAAAAGCCCGGUGAAAAUUCAGCCAAUCCGAAGAAGCGGAGAGGGUGACGACUUAGGGUUGCUGAGGGGAAAGCAGGGAACGCAGGGAACGCAGGGCAGGCAGGGAAGGCAGGGAAAGCGGAGAAAGCCGGGAGAGAGCUGCUGCUGCUGGUGGGCAUCAUCUUAUGAUGUCAUCGGAGGAGUACGAGGCGGACUGUUUUGGUUUGUACAGCGAUGAGAACAGCGUGCUGCUGAAGGCAACCGAGCCGGAGACAACAGCCGUCAAGCAACAGCAACAGCAACAGCAGCAACAGCAGCAACCACCGCCGAGCAACCACAGCAACGGUCACACGUCACCACUACCCAUACAAGUCAACGGCGACGGCAGCGCGGCGAAUUGCGGCGAGAGCGCCAAGACCACCAAUACCAAUACGACGGGCAGCAGCACCCAUACAGAGGCAGACAAGGAGCAAGAGAGAGAGAAGGCAAAGGAGAAGGCCCACGAAGAGGAGGCCGCCGAGUCCGACGAUUCCGACGACGACGUCGUGGUUGUGCUCGAAGGCUGCGAAGGCAACGCCAGCAGCAGCAGCAACAGCAGCAGCAACAGCAACAACAGCAACGCCAGCAGCAACAACCACAAGGCAGCAACCACGACGACGGCGGCAGCAACAACAACGACGACUCCGACGACGACGACGACGACGACGGCGGCGAACGCGAAUCGCAGUGGCAGUCGCAGUCAUCGCAGCGCCCGCAGUAGUCGGCAAAUCAGUCAGUCAACGGCCGUCGGCAAGACAACAACGUGCGCGGCUAAAAAACCAACAGCAACACAGGCCCAAGCGCCCACGCCAACAGCAGUUAAGCACACGACGAGCGUAAAUAACGGUGGCUCAAACGGAAACGGAAACGCGAACAGCAAAGUGAAUAGUCGUCGUUCGCGUCAGCGAUCCUUGAGCAAAGACAUUGCCAUUAACCUAAACCCAAACAAUCAGCAAUCGAAUAGCAACAGUAAUAGUAAUAGCAACAGCAACUGCAGCAACAACGGCGGAGCAACGGCAACCGCUGCUGGCUUCAUGAGUAGCGCUGCCGCGGCUGCUGCGGGUGCCGCUGGUGGAGGAGCCCUGUUCCAACCACAAUCGGUCAAUAGCUCGGUGAACAAUAAUAAUAGUAGCAACAAUACGCCGGCUGCCACAACCGCCCACUCGCACACCCAUUCGCCCAGCAGCAACUCACCCGUUUCGGGCGCCAGUUCGGCAUCGUCCUUGUUGACGGCCGCCUUUGGCAACCUGUUCGGUGGCUCCUCGGCCAAGAUGCUCAACGAGCUGUUUGGCCGCCAAAUGAAGCAGGCCCAGGACGCGACGAGUGGCCUGCCCCAGAGUCUGGACAACGCCAUGCUAGCCGCCGCCAUGGAGACGGCCACCAGUGCCGAGUUGCUCAUCGGCAGCCUCAAUUCCACGUCCAAGUUGCUGCAGCAGCAGCACAACAACAACAGCAUUGCUCCCGCGAACAGUACGCCGUUGAGCAAUGGCACAAAUGCCUCGAUCUCGCCGGGAUCGGCCCACAGUUCCAGUCACUCGCAUCAGGGUGUCUCCCCGAAGGGAAGUCGCCGUGUCUCCGCCUGCAGUGAUCGCUCCUUGGAGGCGGCAGCAGCCGAUGUUGCCGGUGGCUCGCCACCGCGGGCUGCCUCAGUGAGUUCCUUGAACGGUGGUGCCAGCAGUGGGGAGCAACACCAGUCGCAGCUGCAACACGAUCUGGUGGCCCAUCACAUGCUGCGGAACAUACUGCAGGGCAAGAAGGAGCUGAUGCAACUCGAUCAGGAGCUGCGCACGGCCAUGCAACAGCAGCAGCAACAGCAGCAGCAGCAACUCCAGGAGAAGGAGCAACUGCACUCCAAGCUCAACCACAAUAACAACAACAAUAUUGCUGCCACCGCCAACAACAACAACAACACCAUGGAAAGCAUCAAUCUGAUCGACGACUCGGAAAUGGCGGACAUCAAGAUCAAGAGUGAGCCGCAGACAGCUCCUCCGCCGCAGCAAUCGCCGCAUGGCAGCAGCCACAGCAGCCGGAGUGGGAGUGGCACCGGGAGCCACAGCAGCCUGGCCAGCGAUGGCAGUCUGCGACGCAAGUCCUCCGACUCCCUGGAUAGCCACGGGGCUCAGGAUGAGGCGCAGGACGAGGAGGAUGCGGCCGCCAAUCGAUCGGAGAGCCGGGCUCCCGAGGAACCCACCCAGCUGCCCACCAAAAAGGAGUCCGUGGACGACAUGCUCGACGAGGUGGAGCUCCUGGGCCUACACUCGCGCGGCUCCGAUAUGGAGAGCCUGGCCUCGCCCAGUCACUCGGACAUGAUGCUGCUGGACAACAGCAAGGACGACGUCCUGGACGAGGACGACGAUGAUGAUUGCGUAGAGCAGAAGCGUGAGUCUGGCAGUGGAUGCCUCAAGAAACCGGGCAUGGAUCUGAAACGGGCCCGCGUGGAGAACAUUGUCUCCGGCAUGCGAUGCAGUCCGUCCUCUGGCUUGGUCCAGGCUGGACAGCUCCAGGUGAAUGGCUGCAAGAAGCGCAAGCUCUACCAGCCUCAACAACACGCCAUGGAGCGCUAUGUGGCCGCCGCAGCUGGCCUGAACUUCGGCCUCAAUCUGCAGAGCAUGAUGCUCGACCAGGAGGACAGUGAGUCCAACGAACUAGAGUCGCCACAAAUCCAGCAAAAGCGCGUGGAGAAGAAUGCCCUCAAGUCGCAGCUGCGAUCCAUGCAGGAGCAGCUGGCGGAGAUGCAGCAGAAGUAUGUGCAGCUGUGCUCGCGCAUGGAGCAGGAGUCCGAGUGCCAGGAGCUCGACCAGGAUCAGGAUGUCGAGCAGGAGCAGGAGCAGGAGCCUGACAACGGCAGCAGUGACCACAUCGAGCUGUCGCCCUCGCCCACCCUGACUGGAGACGGAGAUGUAAGUCCCGCCCACAAGGUGGAGGUGGGUCAGGAGCGACCUGGUUCCAGUUCGCCCUCGCCCUCGCCUCUGAAACCCAAGACCUCGUUGGGCGAGAGCGGCGACUCCGGUGCCAACAUGCUGUCCCAGAUGAUGAGCAAGAUGAUGUCCGGCAAGCUCCACAAUCCCCUGGUGGGCGUAGGCCAUCCUGCCCUGCCGCAAGGAUUCCCACCGCUGCUGCAGCACAUGGGAGAUAUGUCGCAUGCAGCUGCCAUGUACCAGCAGUUCUUCUUCGAGCAGGAGGCUCGCAUGGCCAAGGAGGCCGCCGAGCAGCAGCAACAGCAACAGCAGCAGCAGCAACAACAACAGCAGCAGCAGCAACAGCAGCAGGAGCAGCAGCGACGCUUCGAGCAGGAGCAACAGGAGCAGCAGCGACGCAAGGAGGAGCAACAGCAGCAGAUCCAACGCCACCAGCAGCAGCUGCAACAGUUGCAACAGCAGCAGAUGGAGCAGCAACAUGUGGCGGUCACUGCCGCACCAAGGCCGCAGAUGCACCACCCGGCACCCGCCCGCCUGCCCACGCGAAUGGGCGGCGCAGCGGCCCACACCGCCCUCAAGUCGGAGCUGUCCGAGAAGUUCCAGAUGCUGCGCGCCAGCAACAAUAGCUCCAUGAUGCGCAUGUCGGGAACGGACCUCGAAGGACUCGCCGAUGUGCUCAAGUCCGAGAUCACCACCUCGCUGUCCGCUUUGGUGGACACCAUUGUGACCCGGUUCGUCCACCAGCGGCGACUGUUCAGCAAGCAGGCGGACUCCGUGACCGCGGCUGCCGAGCAGCUGAACAAGGACCUGCUGCUCGCCUCGCAGAUCCUCGACCGGAAAUCGCCGCGCACCAAGGUGGCGGACAGGCCCCAGAACGGACCCACGCCCGCAACACAAUCAGGUAAUAAUGGUUCACUACUCCUAGCUAAUAGUCAAAUGCCCUCCCAAGCGCCUGUGUCGAGUGGUGGGUCGAAUGGGCAGCAGCAACAGCAGCAGCAGCAGCAGCAACAGAAUGCCCAGCAGCAACAUGCGAGUGCGCAGCAACAGCAACAGCAGCAGCAGACGUCGCAGCAGCAACAGCACCUGCAACAGCAGCAGCAACAACAGCAAUCGCAUCCCCUGCUGCCGCCCAACUGCCAACAGCUGAUCUCCGCCCCCCGCCUAAAUGGCAGCCAGUUAUCCUUCGCCUCGCCCGCCGCUGCUGCAGCCGCUGCAAUGGGUCUGCAGAUGCACCAUGCCGCCGCAGCAGCAGCAAUGUCCGCCCAGCAGCAGCAGCAGCAGCAACAGUCGGUUGAUCCCAAUGCGAAUACUAACCCAAACAACGGGCCAGCUGGGCCGAACCCCACUAACAGUAGCUUAAGUACCCUUAAUAUACCGCCUCCUCACAUUCGUCCUUCGCCCACAGCGGCUGCCAUGUUCCAGGCGCCCAAGACGCCGCAGGGCAUGAAUCCGGUGGCCGCCGCCGCCUUGUACAACUCGAUGACCAGUCCCUUCUGCCUGCCGCCCGAUCAGCAGCAGCAGCAGCAGACCGCCCAGCAGCAGCAACAGUCCGCCCAGCAGCAGCAGCAGAGUGUGCAACAGCAGACGCAACAGCAGCUGGAGCAGAACGAGGCGCUCAGCCUGGUGGUGACCCCGAAGAAGAAGCGCCACAAGGUGACCGACACCCGCAUCACGCCGCGCACCGUCAGCCGAAUUCUGGCCCAGGACGGUGUGGUGCCGCCCACCGGUGGACCCCCGACCACGCCCCAGCAGCAGCAGCAACAGCAGCAGCAGCAACAACAGCAGCAGCAGCAGCAACAACAGCAGCAACAGCAGGCGGCGAACGGCGGCAACAGCAAUGCCACGCCCGCCCAGAGCCCGACGAGGAGCAGUGGAGGAGGUGCCGCAUACCACCCACAACCGCCGCCACCACCACCACCCAUGAUGCCCGUGUCCUUGCCCACCUCCGUGGCCAUACCCAAUCCCUCGCUGCACGAGUCCAAGGUCUUCUCGCCGUACUCGCCGUUCUUCAAUCCCCAUGCAGCCGCUGGCCAGCCCACGGCCGCCCAACUGCACCAGCACCACCAGCAGCACCACCCGCACCACCAGCCCAUGCAGCUGUCCUCCAGUCCGCCGGGCAGCCUGGGCGCCCUCAUGGACUCCCGCGACUCGCCGCCGCUGCCCCACCCGCCGUCGAUGCUCCAUCCCGCCCUGCUGGCAGCCGCCCACCACGGCGGAUCGCCGGACUACAAGACCUGCCUGCGGGCCGUCAUGGACGCCCAGGAUCGCCAGUCCGAGUGCAACUCGGCCGACAUGCAGUUCGAUGGCAUGGCUCCUACUAUAUCCUUUUACAAGCAAAUGCAACUAAAUACAGAACAGCACCAGGAGUCGCUGAUGGCCAAACAUUGCGAAUCCUUGACUCCUUUGCACUCUUCUACAUUGACACCGAUGCACCUGCGCAAGGCCAAGCUGAUGUUCUUCUGGGUGCGCUAUCCCAGCUCCGCGGUGCUCAAGAUGUACUUCCCGGACAUCAAGUUCAACAAGAACAACACAGCACAAUUGGUGAAAUGGUUCUCGAACUUCCGAGAAUUCUACUACAUACAAAUGGAGAAAUAUGCACGACAAGCUGUCACCGAAGGCAUCAAGACACCCGAUGAUCUGUUGAUUGCUGGAGAUAGUGAAUUGUAUCGCGUGCUCAAUUUGCACUACAAUCGCAAUAACCACAUUGAGGUACCCCAGAAUUUCCGCUUCGUGGUCGAAUCGACUCUGCGGGAGUUCUUCCGUGCAAUACAGGGUGGCAAAGACACCGAGCAGUCGUGGAAGAAGUCCAUAUACAAGAUCAUCUCGCGUAUGGAUGAUCCCGUGCCCGAGUACUUCAAGUCGCCCAAUUUUUUAGAGCAGCUGGAAUAAGUGGAGGAGUUGGCGCUGCCGACGCUACCGCUGUCAUUGCCGCAUCCGCUGGGAAUGCCACCACCCAUCAGUCCGGCCUCCACCACCACCUGCAGCAGCAGCAGCACCACCACCACUACUACGGGCACCAACUCCAGGGCCGGCAGCAGCCAUUCGAAGGCGAGGCGCAGGCCAAAGCUAAAAGGCUAAACCUGCGCAGGAAACACGACUGGAUAUGACCAACUCCCCAGCCAAAAACAAAAGUCAGAAGAAAAGAACAAAUAGUAUCCACACACAGAGAAAUAUGAAGGGAACUUAGACCUAGCUGAGUGAGAAAUACACACGAGUCGAAAACGCGUUUAGGAAACACACUGAGCAAAAUAUUUUUUCAAAAAUUUCCAAAACCACACAAACUACACACCCAAACAUCACACAACCUCAGCGAAAGAAGAGCGACAAGAUUAUGAAAAAGAAAGUGGGCCAGGGAGAUCCUAACAUCUCCCCGGCAAACAUUUAAACCAAACCAAAACUAAACAUAGAGCAGCAAGUCUUAAUCUAAUAAUGUGAAAUAGUGCAAAUUGAAAGAGAACCUGAGCCACACACCUGAGAACACCCCUUACACACCGAGCGUAAUUUACAGGCAGUGUAAACUGUACUCGCCGUUGGUUUGUUAGUUGAAAUUUUUUUGAAAAUAUUUACAGCAAAUUACGUAUACGUAUGAAUAUUUAACAAAUAGUUGAGCCGUCUAAUGAUCUACCGAAAGUUGACACACAUUCCACAGAAAAAAACAAAAAAUACAAGAGACACCAAUACAUUCCACGCACACACAUACACACACACGCUCGCAGCGGUACAAAGUGUGUGUUCAUUUGAGAGAGAGCGAAAGUCGCUCGGCCAAACAGGAAGUGGGCUUCGCCGCACUGCUUGGCCGACCGACUUUCCGGUAAGCAGUUUCCCCCGCCCAGUUGCGCACUGCUUUACAAAAGCAGGCGCAUCUCCGACGGCCGGAAAUCGGGAAUUAAUCUUAAAAGUUUAAAUGUCACCCGAGAGCUAAAGUUGCUAUAUCCCCUUAGAACCUCCUUUUAAGCGCUAAGCAUAUAUUCGAUGUCUAUUAAGCGAAAUUAAAAGCAAAAAAUCACAAAAAAAGUUAAGAAAUUGCGAAAACUAUUUAGAUUUUAAUCAAAGAGAGAGCCAGAGUUAUGUAUUUGUACGAACAGCGGGCGUUAGGGUAGUUAAAUUUACCAAUUUAUCAUUUACAAUACGUUAUGCGAACCUUCGACCAAAGUUAAUUGUUAACAUGAAUCCCUUGAAUGCGGUUUAUUUUUAAUCAAUUCUUAUACUUUAGUGCCCCACCUUUGAGCACGCAUCUUAAUUUUAUAGUAUAAUCAACAUACACACUAUAAACACACCACCAACACAACCCACACACACACACUAGUCUGUUAUUUAUGUAAAUAAUUUAUACGUUUAGUUAAGUUAACGUUUAGUUUAAUUAAUUUACUUUACUUGGCCUUGAGUUGCAACAAAACAAAAUAUACACAAAACACCAAAAAUACCAAUUAAAAAUAUGGUUUUUUCUUUCUAUUAAUUUGUAAAAAAUAUAUAUGAUGUAUUUUAUCCCACUUCUGGCUGGCUGAGAUCGAUCAUGCACUUCUCACUCAUCAGCACAGCAGACACAGCAUGGAAAGUGGGCGGGUUUAGAGGGAUAUGUUUGCCUGCUCUCCGUCCGGCGGUUACUUUUGGGCCAGGGGCGGGCAAACCCUGUUGUUCCUGCAGCUGCAACAUCUCAUCCUCGAUUGCAACUGCAACGCGACAACAGCAACAACAUCAUCAACUGCAUGCAAAACAUUUGAAUUUUUGGCAUAGACAAAAUCAUAUUCCUCGAACGAAAAGAACGCAGCGAAAUCGACCAUUUCGGCCCAACAAUUGCUCCGAGGGGCUCCAUCAGCCAGCCAGUUAGUCAGUCAGUCAGUUACUCAGUUUAGCCAGCCCCAUACCCUAGCGCCCUCAGGUGGGAGUUUGGAUUAGAUUAGAUUAGAUGGGAUGGGAACACCGAUAUAAGGAGAUGAGAUGAGAGGAGAGGAGAUCGCACACCCCAGCAAACCUUUCGGCCACACCAAUGAUCACAAAAUUAUUGAACAAUAGUUGAAUUUUAGCUAAAACUAAAUUGAAACGAACUAAGCGAGUUUUUUAGGCUUAACCAGAGGAAUCUGAGCAAAAAUUGAUUGCACUUUGGCGUAACUAUGACAAAAUUAGUCGCGUAUAAGACGGUGAGUUUCCUAAUCCAAGAGAUCGAGAUCGAGUGGAAGAAACUGGAGUUCUUCGCAUCGAAAUUGAAAGUGAAAUUCAAGUUUGGAUAAUUGAAAAUGAGAAAAAAGCAUUUGCGAAAUUAGUAUUUAGGAAAUCGUACAAAGCAGACGAGGCAUUCGCUAAUCGAACUGAAGUUUACGUUUAUCGCAUUACCCAGUUGAGUUAUCUUAACCCUAAGUUUCACCCACCUUCACAGCAGACAGAAGUCGAAAUUCAAGUCCGAUUCUAGGGCCCCAGGAGUGACGCGUUGAUUGUUAAUGCCUUUACAAAAUUUACGAAGGAAGCGGCUUUUGGCAAUGGAGUUGAAAAUAAAAAUUGAAAAAUUUGAAAAGAAAAUUUGGAAAUGAAAUUGAUCUAAAUACAAUUGUAACUGAUUUUGUGAUAGAAAAAGUAACUAACAACAAACUAAAAAUCGAACUAACUUCAUUAUUGUUUCGGAUAAAACCAAUAUGGAGGCCUCCCAUUGGGGUCUCCAUACGAAAUUAUUGAUUGAUGUAAAAAUAGUUAAUUGACAAUUGCGAGACGAGCGAAAUUAUGAGACGAAACCAUUUAGGCAAUUUAAGGCGUAUUAACAAUAAACGUUUGGCUAACAAAACUUUAGGCGAAAUUUUAUCUUUAAGCAAAAUUCGAAAAUAGCGAGAAGCAACCGUAUCGAGACCGUCGAAAUUCAGGAAGUUAACAGCAAUACAAAAUGAGAAAUACGAACAAAUUAAGCACUCAAACCUUUCUGUUCUGUUCAGUUUCCAUCAGUUUUAGUCAGCGCUUUCUUUCUUUACCUCAAGGAAGGCGAAUGAACCGAUAAAGUAUAUCGGUAGCGUACCAACAAAUGACACAGGAGCACACUUACACUUGCGUAUAUUUAAUGCCACAUACAUAUUUCAUACAUUUAUACUAAACAUAAACAUACAUACUUAAACUUAAGUCAACAAGUCAAGGGGGCGGGCCGCAAAAGGGUCAGUCCCCCAUCGAUAAUUGGUUAAUAAAAGCGAAAUUAAUUGAGAAAACAGAAAACACAAAUGACGGCGCUUGGAUUUUUCUUUACCAAAAUUUAACCCCCACCUUUUGGCCGCUUAUAAACCACCCAAUUUUUGGUUCCACUCUCCCCAAAAACCAAACCAACCGACCUCCGUCAAAAGCACCUUUGGCAUUUGUCAACGCAAAAUUGGAACUGAUUGGCUACCACAACACCACCAUUAUCACACAACUCCACUUCACUAACCCCCCCAAAAAAAAGAAAACAACCUCAACUAAUCGGUGGAGCGCAGAGACGAGAAGGGUAAGCUAAAUUCCACAUAAUUCAUCUUAUUCGAGCGACGCAAACCAAGCGAAAGCGACACACCUGGUGGCCGCGGUUAGCAGCUGGGCCAGCCUUUAGCCACGCCCACCAAACUUCGGCCCGCCCUUUCGAGAAGCCCCCGGAAAGCGAGUUUAGUUCCUCCACAGUAACCUUUCGGUGUUGGAAAAUUCCAAAAAGACUUACAGAUCAGCCAUAGGCCAAGAAGAAAGUUCGUUCCUCGGUUUUUGGGCCAAGCUGUUCGCCGCGGUUCGCCAGGUACAGUUUACACCCAGGAACUAAGUUAGCCUAAGCAUAUAGAUUAAGGACGGCAGCAUCAGCAGGAAACCAGACAGAGAACGAGCGCCGGAAACGGAUGUGGAAAGGACAUCCGGCCAAAAGCAACCAAUCAGCGACCCGUGCGACCAGUGUUGGUCAGCAGCAAGUAUUGAAUUCACAGCACAGGAAAAUUAAAAACUUAAAAACCAUUAAUGAACACUGCACGCAAACCGAUAACGAAAACAAAUCGAUCAAAUCGAUGACCGAUGAUCGACGCAGACGAUGGAAGCGAGAGCGAGAUGGAAGGCGAGAUAAGUAUAUACCUACUACACGUAAAACAAUUACCAAAUAUAAAAGCAGACGCAGCCAUAUGCAAUUUUAACUAGAUUUUAAAAGCAUUAAUACCGCAGAAUACCAAGCAAACCAAAAGAAAAAUACCCAAACUUACCGAUUACUGAUUACUGAAUGAAAAACAAAACAAAACCGAUAACAGAAAUUGAUCAGAUUUGUACAUAGCGACAUUUAAAUACAACUACAUACACGUAAUUAAAAUAUUACUACAGUCUAAGCAUAAGCGCCCCCCUUUGACCCCCCACUCAGAGCCCCUGAAAAGAGGACAUUCUGGCCAGGGCCAGGAAAAUAUUCACUCACAGCCUUACUGCAUUGAAAAUGCGCGCAUUACGAUUUUCGUUAAGAGAUGGAAGGAGGAUGAGGGGAUUCAGAUAGGACAUGUGCCAAACCCAAAUCGGUAUAUAUAUCAAGCAGAUCCCCUUUGGCAAGCCCACACACGCACAAAACACUGAAGCAAAUCAGUCAAACUUACACGUAGGGUACACAUACUCCAAGCAAAUCUAUUCGUAACUUCAACUUCAACGUAACCAUAAGUUAGUUAAACAUCCUUGGUUUGGAAAACAUCUGAUCACAAGACAGAAAAGACGAAGUUAAAUAAAAUACACAUAAAUUUGCAGUUUUGGUAUACAUGAAAAUAAAAAAAAAAUAAAACGAAAAAUAUCUAUUUAAACGAUGAAAUAUUUCCAAAAAACAAUUGCGUUUUUUUAGUAGCAAGCGCGAUUCUCAAAAUUCCCAACAAUUUUUGGCCCAAAAUCGAAACAUCGAACCAGAAAAAAGAAAACAAACCGUUUGGAAGUAAAAUUUUUAUCACUUAUUUGGCGUAGGAAGAAUCAGACAGAAGAGAGGAGUCGAGGAGAGUACGAAGAUUAAGCCGUGGUGCACACACACACAGACGUGCACCACAACUUUCUUUUGAACAAACUGCAAUAGAGCAGCGCACAGUGCGCAUACUUUCGGCAUGCACUGUGCGCCUGCACCAAGGGACUUAGUUAAACAAUCGAAAUUCAAUUGCAUUUUUGCAACAGCAACAGUAUUACUAACAUUCCUCAGUUGAUCAAUCAGGAAUCAAUCUUACGCAUCCUUAUUUGUGAAGUUUAUGAAGAAGAGGUUAAAACUUUUGGCUUAUGACGUAAACCCAACAUUUCGGCCGCAACGAAGGUUGCCCAUGGAAAUUCCAAAUUCAAAUUGAUAUAUAUACAACAACAUCAAAAAAGCACAUGAGAAAGUAUAAAAAUAUAAAGAGAAAGUUGCAUAAACCCCCAAGAAACCGAUAACCAAAUAAAAACAACGAUAACGAUAAACAAUUACCUAAGUAACCGAUAACAGUGAAGAACGGGAGGAGGAGAAUUUGCAAUUUAGUUUUAACAGCCAACAAUAGCCAGGGAAACAUACACAACUCGUAUGUGAUAUUUUUGAGUUAAUCUCUCACAGUUUUCCACAACCACAAUAAAUAUUUUUACUCAAAUAUACAAAGCGAAAAAGCUAAAAAAAAAAUCGAAAUAUUGAAAACCAACAACAAGCCCAAUUAGAAGCGACAAUACGAAAACAAAAAAAGAGAUCGGUAAUAACAACAGCACAAAGCACUUCCAGCAGCAACUUUUUUUGGGUUGUCUACACAUAUCAAAGAUAAAUACGCUAUAUAGUAUAUAUAGGGAGCGAUAGGAGAGAGAUAUUUCUUUGUGUUGAGUCUUUAAGCCAUCCUGAGUUCAAAUUUUACACCGAAUAUAACUGAAUAUUUACCCAUGAUCGAAUACAAAUAUAAAUAUAUAUACAUAUAAACCAAUACCAAAACUAAUCCAUAAGUGUUUAUAGUUGAAUUUUGACAGGAGAAAGCGGGAGAAUCAGAUUUUAUGCCACAGUUUCAUUUGCAAUAGACGAGCGUGCCACGCACGAACCGGGAUAAUUUAUAGUACAAUACAAUGCGACAAGCAGCCAACAAACAAACAAACCAACAAACAAACAAAUAAACAAAUAAGCAACAGCAACCAAUAACUUUUUAUAAAACGAUUUAUAUUUUUAUACUCAAACGAAAUCAAUCAACAACAACCGCAGCAAUAGCCAAUUAGCCAAAUAAGCCAAAACUUUUAGUUCGUUCACCGAGGUUUUCAGUUAGCAAUUAACGACAACAGCAACAAUUAUGUUUUCAUUUACGAAUCAGCAAUCGAGGAGAUCUGAGAGCCCCCCACUAGACCCGACACCCGAUGGGAUAUAUCCUAUAGAACUGAGAGAGCCGAGCACGCCACCCGAGAAAUUGCCAAUAGAAGGGCAGUCGAACUGCCUAUAAAAAGUAAAUAUAUAAAAAGACGAAGCCCCGAAGAAGAUGCCUGCCUGCUGAACCCGAGGGAACCGAGAGACCAGAGAAGUAGCCACAAUCAAAACUUUAAGCAAACCGUGCUUGGCCUGCCCAGAACUGGGAUGUAUCUCGGCUGGCAUCGGGUCGACCAGCCAAUCGGGGGGAUCCACACUCAGAUCCACUCACAUAGACAACAAGAAUAAGUGAUAAAAACCCUUUGUUUCACAAUUCUCUUACGAGCCAACUCAAUCAAUCGAGAGCAGGCCCAAAUGAGCCACAAAACUUUGCGUGCGUUUAACUGGUGCCAUUCCUGGUAACAAAACAAAAAAAAAAGCUAAAAUAAAUAGGUAUACUAUAUAUCUGAGGGGCGUGCGACGCGCUGCGAAACGAACUGCAAAACUCCUUUGGUUUACUCUCACACAAUAAAGCAAACAGUUACAGAUACAGAUGCACUUGCAGAUGCAGCAGCAAUAAACAGGUGAAAAUUGACAAAACGCAAAUCGAGACGGGGGUCCUUCGCAGCCCCCAGACAAUAGCCCAGCAAUAUUAUUAUUAUUUCCCACGCGGCGUCCUUUGUAAUCCCUCGAGGAUUAAAGGCGCGCCACCAGCCGUCGUCAAACUGAAGUACAACCAAAACGAAAUCGCACCCAUUGGCAACCACCAAGAAGCAAGCAGCCGCCGCCCAAGUCCCUCAGAAUUAGGAAAAGUAACCAUAGAAGUCAUACAUAUAUGCCAGGAACGGGGCCAGACGUUUGUCAAAAUUCUACACGAAAUUUUAUGUAAAACAACUGUAGGAGCAAACGAAAAACGCAAUUCCAACGAAAGCCACGAAAAAGCUAAAUAAUCGAUUUUCAGUUUCAAGUUUUUCCUUCUCGGCCAUCGAUCAAGGUUUCGAUCGAUCGCCCAUCCUAUGAUUUAUCCGAGAUAAAGGCGUGUCAUUCGUAGCCCCCCCACCCACAGAAGGGGGCGUGGCAUGUGUACAAUAUGUAAAGUAAUUAAAACGUAAACCAUGUAAACGAAGGCGUUAAGCGAACAAAUGAAACAACAAUAUUUAUACAGAGACUGCAAACAAAUGUGAUCAGAUAUUUUAUAAUGUAUAAGUUUACAGAGCAAUCGACGGGCUAUAGCCGAGGCUACCGAUCAAAUCAAAAAGCGAACAACAGCAACAGCAACCACAGUAGGCGUUAAGGUAACCGUUAGCUAACCGUAACCCUAACCGUAACCGUAACGUAACGAGAGCCGUAAACGUAAGCGUAAACCGAUAAACAAAAGUAUUUAUAAUGAUAUUUUUUACAAUAGCAUAUACAACUAAAUAUAGCAAAACGACAAACAAACCGAGCGGGAGCCGCAGCUUAAAAAUUGAACAACCUAUCCCAUAACCUUUGACCCCAUGCAACCCAGUAUAUCCCCAAAUAUCCUGGACAUCCUGCGGCCUCCACGCGCAACAGUUGCCUUUCACAGAAACAAUUUACCGUUUAAGUUACCAAUAGUGAAAUAGACAAGCCAGAACGGCGACCCCGCCCCCUCGAUUAACCCAGAAAAGGGGGCGUGGCGCCGCAGUUUUUCCAGCCAGUUUUCAGUUGAGCAUCUCCUCAGUUCGUUCGAGUACAACAACAACAAGGAAGAGGGCAGAGCAGAGUUCUUGAGUUCAAGGUUCAUACAAAGAUUAUACUUAGUUUUCGGGAGGAGGAGAAAGUAGGGGAGCAGCCAAGGAAGCGGAGAAAGUGAAGCAGCAUCGAAAAGAAGGUCUUAAGAUGGAGUAACCAGUAAAUAAGCACGCACACAUGUAUAAAGCAAUCGUAUAUAUGUGCAAAGUUUAGUUUCUAUUUAGUAAGUCGAGUUCUUCAGUUGGAUCAACAAAGUUUGGCAGCAUUCUCAGCCUGAGUUGAAAAGCAUUCAAGCGUUAUGGAAAAUUGAACAGCUCUUGAGUUCAGAACAAUAGUGCCGGUAACAUUUAUACGAUAAGUGAAACUAUAUAAAUAGACAUAUAUAUAAAAUACAUACUCUAGACGUCGUAAUCCGUAUUUCAGCAUAGCUAACAAAUGUUCUAAAUGUACACUGAGUAAAGAAAAUCCGGAACCCAAGCAACAGAAAAAUAAAAAGAGAGAAAUCGAGUGAGUGAGGGAGAGGGAGAUCGUUUGCGCAGCAUUUUCCGAGCGGGAAAUGCAGAUGGAAUACUACCUGGUACUGGCCGAGUGACCCCCAAAAGACCCCUAAGAGACCCGACCCCCCCAAAGAAAGCACACGAACCACACACUCAACCACAUUACGAUCCACAACCUUAUAAAUAUAUAUAACUUAUUACUUAUAUAAGGAAAUAAACUCAAAGCAAGCAAAACAAAAUAAUAAUAAAAUACAAAUACAAGAUAAUGGUAGUUGCUAUUUUAAAUAUGUAUUACAAAACCAACAAAAAUACCAAAAAAAUAAAAACAAAACAAACAAAGAAAACUAAACAAACCGAAAAUCAGUCGAAAUAAAAUGAUCUUCAGCGCAUGCAGCAAAAAGUCUCUAAUAAAUGUUAAGCAGGAACCAAAAGCCAACCUAAGCAACAACAGCAGCAGCAGAAACCGAUUCAAAAGCAGCAGAAAAGCAGAAGCAAAGCAGAAGCAACAUCAGUCAGACACACCUAUAUAUUACCUUAAUAUAUAUACGCAGUUUGUUCCAAGCCAAAAUCAGUACGAGAAACUAUAUGAUAUUUGUAUGCUUUUUUACUCACACCAUAUAAGCCAAGUGGAAAUUGGGACAGAUCGGCCGGAGGAGGUGAUCCUCAGCCGCCUUUAGGUUUAAUUUACGCACUCAGACACGCAGACACAGACACACCCAAAGAAAAAAACAGAGAUACUACGAAAUUGAAUGUCAGCAUAGGUAUAAUCGUAACGAGAAUCAACUAAAAUUUAUACUCAUAGUUUAGCAGUCGCCGUAAUUGAUUUAUAUUUUGUCAGCCACACGAAGCAGAAUCAAACCAGCAUACUUAUGUAUGAGCAUACAACCGACAGAUGAGAUACAGAUACAGAAGCAAAGAAUAUCCAGAAGAUACACUAAAUAGAACUCAUCGUCAGCCACCUAAACAGAAGAACAACAACUACAGUACAGUAACUAUAACAACUAAAUGCCGUUCAGCCACCAACAACAACCGAAGAAGCUCAGUUCACAGAUGCAUCAGCUUACUUAUAGUUUGUCAGGAUAAUAAAAAGGAUAACAAUACAUACACACCUCUAAGCAUACUUAUAGCCAAGCCCAACCCAACCAAAAAAUAUAGAACUCCAGACCAUAAUCAAAAGCAGCACAGGAACAGAUUUCAGAGCAGGAUCAGAGGAGGAGCUAAGGAAACAUUUCAAUCAAGUGGUAGCCUUUCGAAGAACGUUUUACUAUUUCGGCUUAGAUAUACGUAGACAAAAAAUUACAACUUUCGGCUCAAAAGCAACGCGCUGCAUUUUGCAAAAUAAAACAAAGAAGGAAAAUAUAUCUUGCACGUGCGCAAGAUCAAAAAGGAAAAACUAAAUGAAGUAACCCACUCUCGGCUAAGACUUUGGCGUGAAUUUCGGAAAAAAAGAAAGGAGAAACUCAGACGUACGAAGAUUCAAAUUGAGACAUCAAAAAUACAAACCAAAUGUGACCAAAGACGCGAAGCAAGCGGCCCAGUGUGCUUCCAGUUUCCUGAAGAAUUCGCGGACCCCCAAAAAAAUCAUGUUUAGGUGUAAGUGUAAAAUUAAAUAUAAACGUAUUUCGGUAAUGUUCCUAAUAAACAUAUGACACACAUGGCGCAUAUAGGCAUAUGGAAAAAGGAUAUAUGUGUGUAGAAAUUAACAGUCUCGGUCACACUCGGUAAAAAUUCAGCAUUUAGCAGUUUGGCAAGUAAAAUUAGAGGGGAUUGCAAAAAAUAGGAAACAAAAAUUGGUCUGCGAAUUCGAUGCAACUGGUACAUCUCAAGACUGGGCUGCUAGCUAAAAUUAAACUAAAAAAAUAUGUAAAAUUAAAUUAGCUUAAUAAUUUACAGGCAGCUUUCUAUGAGAACAAUUGCAGUUUACUUUCGAUUCGAUUCAAUUAGAUUAUCUUAUUUCCCUUUGAAAAGUCGACAACAUCUGUACUUUUCAAUAAAUCACAACGCGUUUAAAAGCUCAAAAAAGAAAAAGACAUCAAGAAAUCAAGAAAGUACGAAAAAAUCACGAAAUGAACUAAAUGAAAUGAACAAAAUUGAAAACCUCUCGGCCAUGUUUGGAUAAUUCUCUCGGUGUAAACAUUCAGGACAAAUUUACAAAAACCAAAAAAAAAACAAAAGAAAAACCAAAAAGAAAAGAAAACUUUAGGAUUAACAAAAAGAAAAGGGAAAACACGAAUUCAAAAUCCAAAAAUUAUAUGCAAAAUUACUGAAUUUUGGAACACAAAAUUUCGUAACCAAAAAUCUUAAAUUGUAAGCGGAAGCAGCAGGAAGUUGCCUUUCGGAAAGCAGUAGACGAAGCAGGGAAGUAAGCAGUAGAGAAAGCAGCCUAAAACCAGAACGGGGAAACGGAAAACUUUGAAAGAAAUUUUGAAAACGUGUUGGAAAAAUAUCAGAAAAAGUACAAGCUUAUUUUAAGCACCUUCGCGCCUUAUCUUUAAGAACGUAAAUAAAUCGAUGCAUAAUGAGAAAAAACGUAACCAAAACAAAGCGAUAACAAAAACACAAAACUUAAAUUAAAAUAAAUUUAAUACGAAAACAUUGUACAUUUAGAAAAUACGGGCAAAAUUGAGCAAAGUUUCGAUACAUCUCCAGGUAGUUACCCUUAUCUAAGCUUAAGUUUGAUUUGAUCCGAUCCGAUUCGGACUCGGAUACUGCAGAAAGCACUUUUAGUUUUCCCCUUAGUUUGGGUUUUGUGAAAAAUCUGUCUUACAUUAUAGACAUGAGAAAAGAAGGGAUAUUAUGAAAAAAAAAACAGUAGAGAAAAAACCUAAAAACAUGACUAGUCGACAACCAAAGCAGUGACCGGAAGUGGCCAUAAAAACUAUUUCCGGUCCUCGCUGACAAUUGAAACCGAGUAAGCAACCAACAAAAUUCAAAAACAUUGCAGCAGCACAUUUCAAAAUUAAGGAGAAACCAAAAAAGCAAACGAAAUUAACAAAAUUCAUAACUGCGGUUCGGAGCAUAUAGGAAAAAGAAGUGUAUGAAAGGUAUGUUAAAAAAUAAAACUCCAAAAAGCUAAAGCGAAGAUUGAAAGAAAACGUAAAUUUUAUGUUCCCCAAAAACUCUGUAAAUGUUUAGAUGUAUGAAAGGAAAACCAGUCGAGGACGCUAUUUAAGUUAGGUUUUGGUGGGGUUAAGACCGACUUCAAAUUAAGAUGUGUAUGUAAAAAAACGAAAAACCAAAAUGAAUACUAUAAAGGUAACGCUAUGAAUCCUAACCCGAUGUUUAGUUUUAAAAUUUGAUAUGUAUCUAUACCUUGUCCCCUAUCCACCAGCUAUACAUAUGUGUAUGUAGACCCCAUUUCAUUGUUCUUGAGAUUUGCUAACGACGAUCCGACUAUUUGGGGGUGAUUUCCUUCGGUAUUACCGAGUUCCAAGGCGAUUUGUGAGCCAGGCUGAAGGAUGGGCAGUUCUCAAGCCUCUAAAAUAAAACCAAACUGCCCGGAUCGGCGGCCAGGACAUCGGCAUCCGGCUGGCCGGGCAACUCCAGGACAUCCAGAUCCGUUUCGCACCAUAGCACUCAAGGCAAUACAAACAACCAGCGGCGAGAGAGAAGCAAAAAGAAAGCAGAAGUUAAGGCAAAGGACAAGUUUCGAACCAAGGAUUUCGGUAACAUUUCGAACGCAACUUUCGGCAGAGUUUCGAACAACUUUGGAUUAGGCUUUUGUUGUUAAUUUGUUUUUUUUGCGACCACGUCUCCAUAGCACUCGAGCAACAUGCAAUAUGCAACAUGCAACACACAACACAAGCAGCAAGCAGCAAGCGGCAACGUGAUACACGAGUUGAGCAAGUGAAAAGCAAUUUUUGAAAUGGGGCCACAACGUCCGAUCUAAAGUGCCUUCAAGUAACAAUGAAAACAAAAGAAAACAAAAAGAAAAUACCAAAAACUAAAAGCUGUUAAUUUUUUAUGUAACUAAUGCAAAACGAGGUGGAUGAAAUUAUAAAUAAAAAUUGUAUAAAGAAAUUAAACGUGUAAAAAGUAUAAACAAAUUAAAACAAAAGCUAAGCGAUAGCGAUGGUGAACGCGUAAGCGGAAAUGAAAACGUAAAAGAUGAGAAAGGGCUCCAAAUAGACCGGAAUGCAAGCAAAAACCAAAACUGCCUCACACUUUGGCCUGGUCACACUGUCCCGCCGAAGGAGUUAACCGAUUCGGACUAACCAAGCAACGGCAAAUCGAUGGCAAAUCUCAAAAACCCUGUCCCCUCUUUCUAAUCCCCUUUCCCUAGCAAAAAGUUUUAAUUGACUACCUAAGUAAGCGAAAAAAUAUGUAUGUAUUUAGUUCUAGUAUGUAAACGAAUGGAAAUUCACAUAAAACUCGAUUUAGACAAACAUUAUGUGUGGGAAAAUUAAUGAUUUAGACUAGCGAAGACAGCAACAAAGGUUUGGAUAUAGACACCACGAGUAUACCCCCACACACCCCGUACAUGCAUACGCCUAUAGCGCUGAGUUGCUCAUCUAUCAAUGUACUUUAAAAACAACACGAAAACACGGUCACACGGACACUUGCAUGUACUAUGUUACAUUUAAUUUAGAUUUAGAAGCGAAUAACUAAGUAUUCAACUCAAAGUUAAGCGGAAACAGAUGAUACGAGAUGAACUAGGAACGGCAUACUGAUGAGGUGGCAAUUAGGUAUAGAGCGAACUAUAUUUAAGGACUCGGAACUAGCGACACUAAAAGAGCGCGACACAGGAUCGCAGAUAAACUAUAAGACUUUCCAGAAACGAAGGGGGAAACCUGCCGUUUCCCACUUUUGUGCUUUUCUUCCUACCCCUAACACACACUGCAGACAGAGAAAAAGACAAACACACACAGGAGAUCUUGAGUUGGCAGCAUCGUAAUCGUUUCUUUAGUCGACGAUGGGAAAGAACUAGCAAAAAUUAGCAAAAUUUAAAAUUGAUUAUGUAUCACACACACAGUCACAGACCACACACACACAGCAACAUCCAGACACCAUGUAUAUAAGUAUGUAUAUUCCUUUGAGCUGAACAUUGUAUAACCGAGCGAUUACGAUACCAUACACACACACGGAGAGAAAACCCCAAAAAACGAAAACCAAAAAAACAAGAACACACCGAGGUGUGUAAAGGGUUCUUUGCUUACAACUUUUCAAACGUAUUAAACCGUUUCGGCCAACCUUUAGGACUGACAAAAGAUCGACUUGAGGAACACAGCCUCGCCCACGCCCCUCCAAGAAAUGUGGGCAGUGGGCGAAGGGGCUAAUGCAUCGUUUCGGUUGAUGGAUGCAAACGAUCGAAAUUUAUUGGGUCUCCUGGGCCCAAAACGAAGCCAAAUCAAGCCAUGAAAUUGAUUUAUGUUCCAUUAAGCAAGCAAAAAACAAAAGGCGAAAAUUGUGAAAAAUAUAGAAAAAUGAAUACUUUCAGUUACAAUACAACAAUAGACCGGAAUGAUUUCCAAGCAAUAGUACAAACAACUUUAGAGAUAACUUUUAUAAUGUAAUUGUAAACUAAGUGGUAGAAGGCGAGCUCCGGGCAGAGCCAAAGGCGGGGAUAAAAGCCAAAGAAAAGUCCUGGAAAACCCGGAGCUGGAUGAGAAUCAAAUGAGUGGAAGCCCCGCGAAUGCAUAUACGAUUUACCCUAAUUUAUGCUCAGUUCGAAUUUUAACACACAUUGAUUUCCCAUUUGAUUAGUGCGAAGUAAGCGAAAUUGAAGGCCAGCAGAAGCCGAAGACAUUUUCGAAAUUCCAACUUGACAUAUGACCGCAGGACCUUCCCUUCCUCGGAAGCUGGAGGCCAGGAAAAACGAUUGAAUCAAGUCACUUCACACACACAGUUUAAAUUUAUAAGAAUAUGUACUAACAAUAGGAAACGUCACCCAAUUUCCCAACUUACCCAAACCCCAAUGUCCCCCCAAAAAAAACUCACACAUUACUAUUUACUACAAUAUGAAGCGAAAGCAAAGAAAUGAAAAGAAAACCAAAAGUAAUGCAAAAGUAAAAUCAAGCAAAACAAACAUAUAUGAAUGUAAUACGCGGUGGAAACAUACAAAGUUGGGAAACGAGAAAAUUUCACAAUCGACUAUGUCGCGUAUACACUUACGAUAGUACGAUAUACUAACUUUAUAUGAUUAACUAACUCAUUUCGAAUGAACCAUAGCGAUAUAUGUAUAAGCCACGUUUUGGUUUCGGUUUCGAUUUCGGUUCCGUUUUAUACUUUUGGUUUGGUGUACACUUUUGGAAACUUCGGAAACGCAUUUCAGGCCAACAAAUUAAAAUGAAUACCCCUUUCGGACCAGUUUUGUUCCCGCAAAAUCGGAAAAAAAACAAAAUUGUACAUUUAGCGCGAACCAAGAAAAAAAAAACGAAAAUUGCAAUUAAAAGCCCCGAAAACGGAAAAUCGAAAUUUGGAUUUACAUUUAGAGAAUGCAUUUAGCGCAAAGCAAAAGCAAACGACACCACACAACACCGUCACACCACAACAAAAAAAAAUGAAUGAAAAUAUGUAUGAGGUAAAUUCAGUAUUUGGGAUAUAAGCGAUUAUAAUUACAUACAAAUUUAUAUUUAUGCAAGCGACAAAAUCGAAAGACAUCAUACUAAAAACGUGUAAUGGAAAGGAAAUUGUAAAACAAGAGGAAAACACUAAACUACAAUAUGACAUUUUUAAUCGAAAAAAAAACAAACAACUUAUUUUAUUGAAAAAUUAUGUAAAAUUUACUAAGGAAAAAAUACAAAAAACACACAAUAAAACUAUAUUGUUUAUUUUCAUCUUUAAAAAUAAAGUUUUAAAAUCGUAUAAAAAUAGUAA